CAAGUCUGCUUUUGAGCUCCGCGCGUGACAAUGUACGGUCUCGCAGGAACGUAAAUGCGAAAUAGAAGAAAACCGAACGGUCGCAUAUAUCCUCUUUGUGGGAAGCGCAAAAACCAGCGAUCAACGAAUCAGGCUGCUCUAUCUAUCCAGGAGGAAAGGUUAUGACAGAAGCAUGGAGUUCCCGGACCACAGCCGGCAGUUGCUGCAGCGUCUGAGACAGCAGCGUCACCAAGGUUUCCUUUGUGACUGCACCGUUGUUGUCGGAGAGGCGCGAUUCAAAGCGCACAGAGCGGUGCUGGCCUCGUGCAGCGUGUUCUUCCACCUCUUCUAUAGGGACCGGCUGGAGGAAAGGGACGUUGUAUGCCUCGACAGUGACAUUGUGACAGCCACCGCUUUCGGUCUGCUGCUCGAGUUUAUGUACGAGGGAAAGCUGGAACUCGGCGGUCUGCCGGUGAAGGACGUCCUGGCUGCCGCCGGUUACCUUCAUAUGUACGAAAUUGUCCGAGUGUGCGAAGGCAAGAUGAGCGAUAAGGAGCGGGUUACGCUGGAGGGAGGGGUCAGUGGGGGGACAGCGCUGGGCUGUAUGGAAGUGGAACGCUGUGACAGUGAACUGCAUGGCAAGCAGCUGUCGCCUUCUGCACAGCAGCAGUCGAGGACAACUCCAGUAGAUGAGCUUGACACAGACAACCAGCAAAUUGGGCCAGCUGUUGGUGAUUGUGAAAGGUCUGGAUCAAACAGGCAGAAGGCAAAUGGUCACCUCUGUGGGUCCAGAGACUUAAGUGUUGAGCCUGAACUAGUGGAGGUUUCAGAGACUUUCGUCCAAUCCACCAGAGAAACAAAAGCUGAUCUUGUUGGUCCCGUGUCCCCACCGCACCGGUGGUCCCAGGCUUUGGAUGACACGAACGGCGCUCUGGAUCUGUCUCUCAAGCGCCUGUCUGGCAGGGACCGCUUGCCCCCCUCUCGGCCUUCGAGACAGCUGGCCUUUUACAGACAACAGCGGGUCGCCAAUCUGGUCGUUAAGGACGAGCAAGGCUUGCUGUCAGAGCUGGGGGAUGGAGAGCCGACGGGCCAGGAGAGCCGGCGCUUUGGAACAGGUGCCAGGACCCAGGCUGCCCUGUUGCUGGGCAACAAAAGCCCCGCCUCCACCCUGCACCCUCAGGAGGAGGAGCAAAUGGAAGGAGAGGGGGAGAUGGAGGAGGGGAAUGCGGGGCAGCUGGAGGGCAGCAAGGAUCCAGAGGAGGAGGUGGACGAGGAUAUAGUCUCUAUAAACACCUCCACUCCUGGAGGGGUGAACCCUCCCCGUGGACGGCGCCCACGCCAGCCCCGCCUCUGCCCGUGCCCUCUCUGUGGUGGGGUGUUCCCCAGUCCCCACACGCUCCAGCUGCACCUCAGCACACACUUCCUGGUGAGGGAGGGGCCGUCCGGCAGGCUGCCCCGGGGCGGGGGCCCUGCACCCACCUGCCCGCAGUGUGGCAAGAGCUUCUCCUGCCUGUAUACCCUAAAGAGGCAUGAGCGCACGCACUCAGGCGAGAAGCCCUACGCCUGCGGCCAGUGUGGCAAGGGCUUCCAGUACUCACACAACCUGACGCGCCACGCCCUGGUGCACACGCGCGAGAAGCCGCAUGCCUGCAGGUGGUGCGAACGCCGCUUCACCCAGUCCGGCGACCUCUACCGCCACGUCCGCAAGUUCCACUGCGACCUUGCUGAGACGCUCGCCGUCGAUUGAUUGGGGAGGUGGCGGUCCUAGGGCGGCAGUGUAGUCCCAGAGGGUCGAAGUCUGUUCUGUCUCAGGUCCUCACUUAACUGAAGAUAUUUGGACCGGAAAUCAGCUCACCUGCAGCUGCCGGUGUAGA